AUGGACCAAAAAAACGAACAGGCAAAACUCUCCAAUCCACAAAAAAUUAUUACAUCGUUACUUGCCGGUGCUUGUGCAGGUGCCGUUGCAAAGACAAGUAUUGCACCUUUCGAUCGAGCCAAAAUUAACUUUCAAGUUAGAGUUGGUGAAUUCAGUUAUCGUCGUUGUUUUCAAUUUUUAAGAGAGUCCUAUGUGAAAGAAGGCUUUCUAAGUUGGUACCGUGGAAAUUCAGCCAAUUUAGUCCGUGUUGUUCCUUCAGCAGCCAUCAAUUUUACAGCUCACGAACAAUGGAAACGUGUUCUAGGCACCGACACAGAACAAAAAACCCCUGGUCGACGAUUUAUUUCUGGUUCGUUAGCCGGUGUUACAUCCGCUACUAUUACCUAUCCACUUGAUUUAGCAAGAGCUCGUAUGGCUGUAACAAACAAAGCCAUGUACAGUAAUUUAUUUGCUCUCUUUCUAUGCAUUCUACGAACUGAAGGCGUCACAGCUCUAUAUCGUGGAGCAUUAAUAUCCCUAGUUGGUGUAUUACCCUAUUCCGGUUGUGUUUUUUUUACUUAUGAAUCCCUAAAACAUAUACGUACAGAUUACAAUACUCAGCGACCGAUUAAUAAAACAGAAAGAAUGCUAUGUGGUGCUAUUGCAGGCCUUGUAGGUCAAACAGCGUUAUAUCCAUUCGACGUUGUUCGACGUCGAUUACAAACAGCUGCAGUUAUUCGGGCUGAUGAAGCAGCGCUUGGUGCUCUAGCAACUGCACGUAAAAUAGUUCGCGAAGAAGGAAUACGACGUGGUUUAUAUAAAGGUGUAACAAUGAAUUGGCUCAAAGGACCCAUAUCUGUUGGAGUAUCAUUCAUGACCUUUGAUACAUUGCUACGAUUAGUCCGUGAAUCGUCCCUAUUCACUGAGAAAAAGCAAUAA